AUGAAGAAGUUCCAGAUCGCGACUACGGUCUCUACCUUCAAGCUGAACCACCGCAUCAUUGCCUCCGCGGUGUACCUCUCUCAGUUUCGGAACACCGAGACAGAUCUGAACGACAGCGGCCUUAACGACAUACCCUCCUACUACACCGGGAUGGCACCUACGAACUAUGUCAUAACGAUGAUCACUAUGUCGCCUAACGUUGUCGACAAGAUCAAGGACGGCUAUCGGGCUAGCCUAUCGUAG